ACAAAACAGGAGCGUGCUCUCGUGCGGCGCUUGCAUGGCGAUGUUCGAUGUCCCUUGUGAGCAGCUAGGCUGGGAGCCUGCUCGUUUGUAGGUGUUAUCUUCAGUGAUGAUCAUUGUGUGCAGGGAUGUCUUGAUUGCCGUGUGUCGCAGGUAACGCGCCUGAUACUCAUAUUCAGGAUGGAACAGGAAUUCCAAGAAAUAGAUUCUAAAAACUCUUGGAAUUCAGUCUACCAGAAGAUCAGGCACAAGUCCAACAGCUAUGACUACACGUGUAAAGACGCAAGACGAAUGGAUAACAAGAGCUUAAAUCGGUACCGAGACGUAAAUCCAUAUGACCACAGCAGAGUCAUCUUAAAACGAGGGGACAAGGAUUAUAUUAAUGCCAGCCUGGUUAAAGUGAAGGCAGCUAAUCGCACCUACAUUUUAACUCAGGGACCUUUACCGACAACUACUAGCCAUUUUUGGCUCAUGGUCUGGGAGCAGCAGACCAAGGCCAUUUUAAUGCUUAAUCGUAUCAUUGAGAAAAACACUGUAAAGUGCCAUCAGUACUGGCCAAUGAGCCAGGAUGAAGAGCUUGUGCUCACUGGUGUAGGACUCAAAGUGGCCUUUCUUGGGGAAAAGCCAGCCACCAACUACACUCUCCGGGAACUCAUGCUUACUGACCUUGAGAGUGGGCAGAAGCGUGUGGUACUGCACCUACACUAUACGACCUGGCCUGAUUUCGGGGUGCCCGAGUCUCCAGCAGCGUUCUUAGCCUUUCUGCAAGCUGUGCGGGAGUCUGGCGCAUUGGAUGUUGAUGUAGGGCCACCUGUGGUGCACUGCAGUGCAGGCAUUGGCCGCUCGGGGACCUUUUGCCUAGUGGACUCUUGUCUUGUACUGAUUGAAGCCAAUGGGGGCCGCCUUGACCGGGUGGACGUGCAGGAAGUGCUGCUGGAGAUGCGCAAGUACCGCAUGGGUCUGAUCCAGACGCCAGACCAGCUGCGCUUCUCCUACCUGGCCAUCCUGGAGGGCGCUCGGGCCUUGUCCUGCUGCCAGCAGGAUGCCCACCCCACAACUGAUGAGCGGGUGCUAAACCGAAGCCCUGAGCGCAAUGGGAUCACUGAGGAGAGCUCUGAAUCUGAAGCAACCGACUCUUCAGAUGACGAGGAUGAAGGUGAUGAUGAGGACACUGUGGGUGGUGGGAAAGAUGCCAGUGAGAAUGGGGAAGGCAGCAGCCGGCUACCAACUGGGGCUGGUGACUCUCCACCGCCGCUGCCACCUCGGCUCAAACGUUCCUCUGAGGAGAACUCCAACAGUUCGAGUGAAGCCAAGGAUCUUCUGGCAGGUGAACCGGGUGCAAAGGAGACAUCUCCAAGGAAAAGCACCGGAGAGGAGGCAGAGUUGCGCAGGCGGCAACGACGAGAGAGGGUGGAGCGCACGUCACAGAUGCUGCAACGCAUGCGGCAGAAGCAGCGCUCUUCAGAAGCCUGGGGCCAGCGGCGGAGUCUGCUGAAGCGCGUAUCUCUUGGCCUUGUUCUCCUGCUGGGCACGGGUGUGCUGGUCUACAAGUACUAUGACUCUGGCAAAUAGCUUAGCAGCUUUGGAAGAUAAGUCACACAUAGCUGAUAUCAGGGGUGGUGGUGGAACAUCUCGGGAGACCAACCACAAUGCUGCUUUGGCCAGUGUCCAUGCAACAUGUGAAGAUAAGUUGCUAGUAAGACCAAAUGGAGUGUGACUGAGCGGACAUUUGCCUGUUGAAAAGUGCAGCAUCACUGGAAGCACAUCUACAUUUUCGUCCACUGCUCAUCAACCAUCUUGUUGUCUGUUAGGACUUUUGAGGGCACAGUUUAGGCAAUUGAAGUGAAGUUCACGUGUCUUCACAUUUCUGCUUAUUGGAUCUCAUCAAAAUAAUGCAUUAUUGUUCAGUGCGUACCAGUUGUCACACCCUCAUCUGCUGCAAGCAUACAUUCUUAGUUGUCAAAAGUUUGCAGGUAUUGCUAACUUGAUUUAAACAUCAUCCUUGUUUUUGAAGCUUUGUGGGCAAAUUUGUCAGAAUAAAGUUUUUGAUAAAGCUAAAGGAAUUAGCUGAGUCUGUCUUAAUAACUCACCAUAUUUUAAAGAUUUUAGCCUUAGUGUGCUUUAACUCAGGGCAUUUAUUAGGAUCUAUGCUGCUUUUGCGACCUACUGCAUUUGGUGUUCUUGGUAGUUAAUGCAUACAUUUUUUAAACCUGGGGUCUAGUUGCUGCAUGUAAACUCUGCAAAGUGCAAGGCCAUAUAUGAAGGUGAUAUUGAGUAUUCACGUAUGUUCUCUGAACAGUCAAGCACCAGCAGUCAGUCAAUUGAUAGCACAUUAUUCUUAGCCCUGUACUGAAUAAUUGGUGUUUCAAGUAUUUGCUUUGUUUUUCUUUUGCAAACAAGACUAGCUUUGUACUUUCUUACUGCAGUUCAAUGUGCUGAACUGCUGUUUAAAAGUUUCAAAUUCAUUCAGUUUCUUUUUUCUGACUUGCUGAUUCCUUCUCGUAUUGUAGGGACUAUGUUGGCCUUCUCUGUUGAGGUGCUUUGUAUGAAAAUAGGGGAAUAUUCAAGCUUGCUGUAAGGCACUGGAAGUUUUAUUGUUGUGCACCAAAAUCUGUCAAAUAUGUUUAAUGUGAUGCUUACCAUUUCAUAAAUUUUUGCUUUCUUGUAUAUUUUGUUUUCCACUGCUGUACGUAUUUCCAAGUUGGCUCCUUAUAAAAACAUUGUCACCAUUUUCUCUAGCCCCUGAAAAGCAAAAGGCAAUACCAGGGUUUGAUGGCCACUUGUGCUUUUGCAUUGCAUAUGUACUUCCACUCUGGCAGCAAGGUGCUUUGCUUUUGGCAUUUUAAAUGCUGGAUGUUCUCGUGCACUGUGCCUCCUGUGGAGGUAGAUGACACAUCUAUGUAGAACAAGUUUCUUCCUAUUUUUGACUUGUGAAUUGGCCUAUCAAGCGAUAUGCAUAUUGGUGACAGGGGCUUUGCUGUACACUGAAUUACAGCACUUAGUAAUGUGCAUGACAGCUAUUCUCUUGCAAUAUCUUGGGAAGCAACAAUUUGUUCUACAAUGGUGACGCAAAACAAGAGUGAUAAGUUAAUCUUCUGAAGCAUUCUGAGGUGUCAUAUCUCUCAUUCUACAUUUUUUGUGGCUUCUUCUGUAGUCUGGUGUCUACACAAUGUCAGCAUGAUAAUCUUGAAACAGCAGGUGCUGGAAGGCAGCUGAACCAUUUUUGAUGCUGCUUAUAUUGUUUGCUACAGUUUUCUGUUGACGCUGGUUAGUUACUUAACGCUAAGCCACCCUACCUCCUUUCACUUCAAUGGUUGCCUUGAAAGGCAGCAUAGAUUAUUUUUCUGUAUCACUGCUUGAGCUCAUGUUCACCUCGCAUCUGCAUACGUGCUGCACACCCUUUUAUUAAAAUAUGUCAUUGUUCUCAGAUGUUUAAUGUCACAUUGCUGGGUGAUGUGUGCAUUUAAUAUGUCUAUUUUCAUGCCUUAUAACUGCAAGCUGCAAGUUAUAUGUCAGAAAAUAAAAAAAAUAAACACUGCAGUGCCUACAAGAGUUAUGUAUUUUUAGAUGUUUGUCUAGAGAGUAGAAAAACUUGACUGAGGUUUGUAAAGCCAUUGUAAAAUAAAAUUGUGCUGUCACAUUCAUUUUAGCGAAUGUUUGCUUGUCUGCAUUGUCAUUUGAAGGUUAUGUGGGUUGUAGUUUUUUAAUGGCUUCGUGUUUUGCUGUUUCAUAUAAAGCCAGUUGUGUGUUCUUUCUCCUUCCGAGCAUGGCAGAAACAUGCACGAUGUUCUGGACUCUGCUUAAAAGUGUACAAUAAGUAUACAAUUGUCGUAGACUUACUGGCAUUCGAAGACCAGAUUUGUAGUGAUACUGUAGUUGCUCUGUCAUAGGUUGAUUUAGUUUGUGGCACAAUAUAUACUUGUCAUGAAACUAUAGUCUAACCUUGACAGACAAGUCAUGCUUCAGAUGAAUGCAAAUUGCCAUUGUUCAAAAAGGUUGAACAGGCUACGAUUGGCUGUAUCAGUGUUAACAUGAGGCUGCACAUUUGUGUUGUUGCUGCUUAUUUUUUGUACUCUCGUGGGUAAGAAAGUCCCCAGCCUGUUAAGUAUUGUUUGUAAACAUGGGCUGGAACAAAUUUGAAUUUGACAAACUGAGAGUGAUUCCAUUGCAAUGCAGUAAGCUAGACUAAUAUUCUUAACUGUUGCACACAGAGUGAAAGUUUACAUUCCAACUGGCAAAUUGUAAGGAAUAGUUGCUGGUCUAUUAAACUUGCUACAGCUGUAUUUGCUGAUAAGGUCAUUACAUUUUGCUUUCUGUUUUUGGUAUGUUGGAUUAUAGUAUUAUAGCCUCAAACAAUGGCUGAGCCUUGUUUUGCUGUGUUGCUUAAAAGUAGCAUGAUGGAAUGAAUGGUGGGCUUGAAGUGUCACAUGUUACUCUAGUUCAUGGCUUUAAUUUGUUAAAUUUUGUCAUGUGCUGGACUGUUUGUACUCGGGGAAUCCUUGUAGGUUGUUUUGCUAUGCUAUUCUUUGCUGUGUCAGUAGUCCCAAAAUAAGCUGUUUGAAGAGCCAAGUCAUGGGUGGAGAACUGCAGAGAGUACAAAGUAAAUGUGUGUGAUUCUUCCUGUGGUUGGGGGACUGGCUGGGCUAUGUGCUUUUUCUAGUUUGCCUUAUUUAUUGCUGGCUGUGUGAACCGUUUUCGUCCAGAUGCUGCCGAAUGUCAAGCAGACACUGCCUGUUGUGAAACUGCUAGAAUAAACAUGCUUCUUUGCUAA